AUGUCGGACUUUAAAGAGCAGUUUGAGCAGAAGUUGGACAACUUAUUACAGUCUAAGAAUGACAAUGUGGUCAUUCCUCGGAAAGAGAAACGUGCACAGUGGAUAGCUCAGCUGCUUAGAAUUGAAAAGGAAGGGACUAAAACCAGCGAUGACUAUAAUAUGAAAAAAAGAUUCGAAAUUCUCAGAGUUGGUGACGAUGACCGACUUAUUCGGAAGCGUAAAGGAUUGGACACUGAAUUUAAGUUUAUAGUGUGCUUUGAGGAAGUUCAUCAGGCCAUUUCGGUCGCGCAUUCAGCUUUGGGUCAUGGCGGUGAAAAGAAAACUUUCAAAGAAGGACAAAAAAAGUGGGCUAAUUUGACUAUGCAGUGCUGCCAGAUGUUCAUAAGUUUUUGCAUUGAGUGUCAAGAGAAGAAAAAACGUAGCGUACAUAAAGGUCUGGUGGUGAAGCCUGUUAGAAGCGAAACUAUUUUUUCUCGAUGCCAAAUUGACUUGAUCAAUUUUCAAACAUUACCUGAUGGGGAAUUUAAAUAUAUUCUGACCUUCAUCAACCAUUUCAGCAAGUUUUGUGUGCUGCGGCCCCUGACAUCAAAACGAGCUGAGGAGGUUGCUAACACGCUUCUCCCAAUAUUUUUGACCUUUGGCGCUCCCGUUGUCCUGCACUCGGAUAACGGGAGAGAGUUUGUGAAUGCCGUUAUAUCAGAGUUGUCUACGCUCUGGCCUGAACUUAAGCUCGUCACUGGUAGGCCGCGCCACCCACAAAGCCAAGGUGCAGUUGAAAGAUUGAAUGGAGUCAUUCAAGACAAAUUAAAAAUUUGGAUGCACGAAAACAAGUCCAGCAGGUGGAGCGUUGGGGUCCACUUUGUCCAGUGGCAAAUAAACAUUUCGGAACAUGAAACCAUAAAAACAAGUCCGUUUAAAGUCAUGUUCGGGAUCGAACCCAAGGUAGGCCUAGCAUCCACUGUUAUUCCACCUAAUAUGCUCGGCAAUAUAAGAACUGAAGAAUAUUUAGACACCAUCCACCAAAAUGAAGCCGAAGGGGCGGCUGAUGAAGAGGAACAAGAAGGAGAGGAGGAACAGGAAGGAGAAGAGGAACGAGAUGGAGAAGAGGCGCCGCAAUUCGCUGAAGCUCGGCAACUGGCUGCAGCCGGCCAAGAAAAAACCGCACUUAGAAUGACAAGGAGAGCGAAACACCUCUUAAGUGCCCUACAAGUGGGUGACAACGCGACGCUGAAAGUUCCCGAGUUUGAUCGUGGGCCGAGUGAGAGCAGGAACCUCCUGGUUGUGGUACUGCAGAGAGACGAGGACCUGUACCAGGUAGGCUGCAGAGAAGGACGCAUAACCACCCGGUACACGGCAACUGACAUGGACCCCGUUAAGGAGAAGCUCCUCACCCCAGAUGAGGUUCCCGACGUUGAAAUGGCUUUGAGAACCGCUGUAACCAGGUACACAGGAGGCCAAGGGGCCAUUGACUUCAAGCUUCCAAAGAAUAUGGUGCCUAUUAGGAAAGAAGAGAAGAUUUUGAAGAAAAUUGAUGUUGAUGAUGUUAAUAAUGAAUCUACAACCAUCAUGUCUGCCGUCCAAGAGGAUGCUGUUCUUGGUUCUUUGUUUAUUGUCAAUACAGGCAACAUGAAUGUUGCCCGCGAAACUUUGAUAGUGCAUUAUUCAAUCAUUCGUCCUGUUUGUGAGCUGUGGGUAUUAUCUUUAUGGUUAAUGUUCCUCAUUCCUUUAGCAGAUGAGAUGAACAAAAAUCGUGAAAGAUGGGGCAUGAUGCAGUGUCGUAAAAAUGUUGUUGUUCGUCUAGAAAUUGGUUCGUCUGGCCCCGAACAGGAGGCUAAACAUAAAACAGAAACAAUGAAAGGAUACCCUUCAAUUUCCUUUUACACAGACCCAAAAUCAAGAAUUGCUUGGAGCUCAAACAAAUUUAAGUUGCCAGAUAGCAAGGAGGUCACAUCUAAGAGCAGGGAGUUCACCCAAGACACGUGGACACCAUUAACAUCAUUGUUUUUGUUGUCUCAAAUGACAUCACGGAUGGUUUCCAUUGCAUCAUCUCUCCCAUCGGUUACAAAAGAAAAGGAUGAUUUUACCUUCCCUCCUAGCACCAAUUGCUGCAGCUCCAAAUCUGUCAUAUCCACAGCAUUUUCAUCACACUGGGAUGCACUUUUGCAGACGUCUGUCUCAACAAAUAUUUGCUGCAAUGAGACACUUUUGCUGUCAAGUACAGAGGUAACUCUAGAAAGGGGCUUUAAGGCAUGUAAUUUUGAAAAUGGACUAGAGAGCAGCCAUCAGUUUCAGUGCAUUUCAUCCAGUGUUCUAGAAAAUACAAACGAUCCACAAAAUUUUCUUUCUUUCCAAAGUACUCAGACAAAUAUAUUAUCCUUAUCAUCUGUAACUGGUCAGAAUCUUGGAAUUCAACCUUCUUUGCUGGCAACUCCUGUUCUCUCAUCUCUAACCCAAGAGAGCCGAACAGUAAUGUUACUUGACUCUUCGUUGAUUUACCAUGAAUAUGACCCAAUCUUGUCAACUUCUCGUUUCUAUGAAACCUUGCUAGAUUCGUCAUUCCAUAGCCAAUAUCCUUCAUCACUCUUAUAUACUUAUGGUGAUGAAAAACCAACUGUUCAUACUGUUGUAUAUUUAUCAUCGGAAAGUACGAUGAGCCCAACAGUAAGCUUUAGAUCAUUACCAACUUCAGUCAGUUCAAAUACAAAUUAUUCAUAUAAUUUAGUAUCUGUUGAUAUAUUUACCCAGCCAGAAACUUCAUCUUCUCUGCUCAAGCCCUUUGCAGUUAAGUCAUUCACAAUAAGUACAUCCUCAGUUGCUUUAACUGCCACAACCCUCCGCUCAUCACCUCCCUUGUAUGAUGGGUCUAGUGAUAUUGAACUAAAAACUCAGACUUUUUCACCACAGAUACAGUGCAGAACAUCUUUAGGUCGUAACUUGUACAAGAAUGCCAAGGAAGAAGGUUCUGAAAACUUACUGCAUCGCUGUUGGGACAUUUUGUGUUCUGAGGAUUAUCCUAUGAUUUAUUCCAGUCAUGUGAAACAGAGAAAAACAUACUGGUUUGAAAAAAGCACUCAAGCAUGCUACGACAGCUUAUGGCCUGCAGAUGGGAUGGAUUCAGGUCUCAGUAUAAAAGCUAAUAUUGAUAAAAAUUUUUCAUUUAUCAUUUUGAAGCCAUCAUGUGUACAGUCAAAAGGAUUUUCUUAUAUUGAAAAUAUUCAAGCUAACUUUCCAUUCUUGCCUUUCUCUUGUAGAAUCUACCUUUGUCAAGCUGGUGCAGACCUACUAUAUUAUGGAGGAAUCCCUGCUGUUCUUAUUCAGCCCUCAGUUCUGAAUGGAGAGAAUUUGUCUUCUUGUAUUACUGACUUACACAAGAAAUAUAAUGAUGACAAUUCAUUCAAGCCAGGGAGUGUUAGUGUUUAUUCUUUUGAAAAGUAUCCUUUGGAAUUUCCUUGUCCAACAACAGUUGUAUUUAGAGUUCACGAAUCUGGAACUCAUUUGAUCAUACCUUAUCGGGCUUCAUGGUGCCCACCCUUGAGUAGAGACACAUGGCAUGAUAUGUUUUUAUCUUUCUAUUUGCUUUUCCAGAGAGGAGAAGGUUACCGAUUCUUCAAAUGUUUAAGAGAUAAAAGCAGGCGUUGGGAAUAUCAUACCAAUAGGUAUACUAGUUUGUUUGAGUAUCUUUUAAAAAGGAAUAUCACAUUUCCUGAGCUGCCAGAAUCGUGCAUUGACUAUGUAUGUGACGAUGAAGUGGAGAUUACCCAUAUCAAUCAGCCUGGUGAUGAGAAGGAAACUUUUUGGUUGUCCUAUGUAAAAAACUGCUCCAAAACUUGGUGCACAUCACUGGCAAGUAAAGUUUUGCAGUGUCAGGAGCAGGCUAGUGGCACUGACAUUAAAGAUGUAGCUGACAUUUACUACCCUUCAAGGAAUGAAAUGAGAGAUUAUUUCUUGUACCUUACCAUGAGCUGGUCUUGCCCAAAUGGUAAUGGAGAGGGAGGUGAGGGACAAUUACGAGCGGAAGCCUAUGCAAAUAUAUGGUUAAAGAGCCCAACUGCAUCAUUCGCCUGUUCCGAGUUGCUAUGUACAGCUGCUGUUGAGCGCCGCAUUAAGAAUGAGAUUAUUGUACACCUUGUUAACCAUAACAAAACUGUUGAUGCAGCUGCUUGCUACAAAUAUGCUUCACCAACAGAUUACUAUUCAAGUGAAAUAAUACAAAUAUUUUCAUUCUCUGUAAAUGAGACUGAAAACAAAAUAUUAUUCAUAAUCACAGGGGAGGAUUUUGAUAGUAAAUCAAUUGGUCUUCUUGGGUCUCUUUAUUCAAGAUCAAAAUUAGAGCUUACAAGAUGCUGUGACAGAUUCCCAUUAGGAAUAUCAGCGUAUAAUUUUAAUGGAAUUAUGUAUUAUAGUUGUUAUAACAGUAACAUUUCAUUAAAGUUUCCCAAUUGCUUGGUAGCAAAUGACAUGUGGUCAGUAAUAAAAGUCAAAGAAGAGUUAUCUUUGGUUCUAUUCAGGCAAGGUGAAUUUCCUGAACACUUGAGAAGAUUUUUCGAAUGGCUAGCUUCUAUGGAUGCAAAACUUUCUAUAACUUCAAAGGAAUUGUUUCUAAAUUCAUUACCUUAUGGUAUUCAUGUAAUGCUAAAUAACGUCAUUUUUAUCUUCAAAUUUGAAGAUAAUAGACACCCUGCUUUUAUAACAUUCCUGUCAGAUCUACAAAAGACUGACUUUCACUGCAUCACCUCCAGCUAUUUUACUGUAUGUUCUAAUGGUAGUAGCAUAUUUCCCAAUUCUUGGCAUACUAAGGGGUAUCUCUUUAUUAUACACAAGUGUUCAGUUACUGUCAGUGAUAAGGAUAAGAUUGUUCUUUUGCUUUUAACGCAGUUCCAAGAUACAGGAUUUACAGUAGAUUACUUGUGUCAGAACAGCACCAUUGUUGUCAUAGUCCAAGCACCAUCUCAUCAAGUUACUUACACCACCAGCGGUUCUACUCUAGAAUCGGAAAAGGUUCUGCAAAUGCUGAAGACUGCAAGUCCUUCAUGGAUGUGGAAAAGAGAUGUAAUCAUCAAACCCUGGAGCACUUUAAUUUCAAAAGGCUGGUGUGUUCACAUUAAUGACCCAAAAUACAUUGAGCAUUACCUAGGAUUGGGUGCCUGUAUCUAUUAUUCUAAAAACAAUGUAUCCAUAUUUCUACAGGUACCAAGUCGGUUGUAUCACAUUGAUGUUUUUCCACUGACCGUUGAAAAUAAAAGUAAUGUUAUUCUGUCAGUUGCUGGCUUAAAGGGUCUAAUAAAGCGGCAUAAGACAGUAAUUGCCACAUCUUCUGAUGUACACAGCUCAAAAGAAAUACUCCUUCAUACUUUACAAAGAGCUCCUGUCUAUCCAGAGUUAACACAGUUCUAUUCUCAGAAUGAAGCAGGCACUCUGAAUUCAGUUAAAGUCUUUACACAAAUUGUGAUUAAAGCAAUACUCACUAACAAUAGCCAAUGCCUUAAUGACUUGAUUCAAAGAAAUUUCUUUUUUUAUCAGAGCGAUCAUAUAUCAAUAAUUGGGCCUAUUAAAAAGGAUUUCACAGAAAGCUCUUGCUUCCUUUCACUUCCUAUCAAAACCAUUGAUAUGCUACAAUUUUACCUGAGGCAGAACAUGACAACAUGCAAUAAAUUCUGGACUUCAUGCUACUUCAAUAUGAUUAUUACAUACUUAACUAGGCCACCUGUUGCUAUAGAUUGGGACUACUUGCCUCCAUCUUGUAAAGUCAAGGAAAUUAUCCUUCUAGCCAUUAGUAUUAUUAUUACUUUGGUAACAAUUACUGGCAACUUUUUAGUUCUAACUGUGAUUUUUAGAACAGAUCUAAUUCAAGAUGAAACUUUCCUAUUAAGGACAUCACUUGCUUUUGCAGAUCUAUUAUUUGGUAUUUUCCCUGCAGCCUGGUCUAUAUUUGAUCAGAUUUCCCUCAUAUUUGGGAAGGUCAGUCUGCAACAUUUUGACCCAAAUUCGAUCUAUGCAGGUUUUAGGCAAAUGAGUUUGGUACAGCCUGUGGGUUUUCAACAAAUAAGGUUUGAGAGGUAUGGAUAUUCUGUGCUGUCAUGCAUAAUGUUCAACAUUUCUGCAAAUGUGUCUCUGUUAACCCUUGCCAUGAUGAGUAUUGAAACAUAUCGGGGCAUAAUUUGUUCACCUCUAAGUCGUCGUCAGAUCUUGGGUGGUAUAUCUCUAACAUGGUUCAUAGGCAUUGUACUCUCUGUGCUUGUCAACAGGCGACAGGAUGGAUGGUCAUUCACUGGCUACUUUGACCCUAUCACAAAGUUAACGACUAGCAUGGGAUCAUCGGCACCUUCAGUGUCACUUGUUAUAUUCUAUGUCCAGGUGGUCGUCUUAGGUGUAGCUGCAUUGAUUAUUUUAAUUGUUACCACUAUUGCAUUGGUUAAAUUUUCUUACAGGAACCAUAAAACAAUGCAGAAGUUGACUAUUCAUUCAAAGAUCCGUACAGACAAGAACUGGAAAGCCACUCAGACUUUCCUUCUAAUGGUUGCUCUCUUUGGAGUUUCAGUCAUACCGCUGGUUGUGGAUGUGAUUUUGGACUUAGGUAACACAAAUCCAAUUGGCCAUUUCUUUGCUUGGUGGCUGUUUAUGGCUGGAACAUCGUGGAACUGGGCUCUUUAUUCAGCAAGAUCAAGCAAAUUUGCCCGUGAACUUCGGAAACUGUUGACAAGAAAAAGAACAAACGGUGAAAAAUGACAAAUUUUUUAAUCAUUUGUAUUUUUCAUAGCUAACAAACCUGAGGUCUUAACAAUAGAAUAUUUUCCAAGUGCCAGCUGGUAACCAGUUAAAACAAUCAGAUUGUAAAGUAAAGAAUCUGUGAGACCUGGUAACGCCUGCGCGUACGAGGUGAAAGCUGGUCAGAAAUCGUGUAUUCAACCUCGUGAUGCACCAGUCCUUUCCCAAUCCAGGAGAUAAGAAAAUGUAGAGAGGGGCGGCUAGCGGUGGGCAGUACACGUUAAGAACUCAGGUUUGUUGGCUAUGAAAAAUACAAAUUGAUUUUAAAAUUUGUCAUUUGUUCAUUUGCGGAACAAACCUUUGGUCUUAACAAUAGGAUAGACAUACUUGGAGGGAGGUACAGACAUCCUAAACUGGCUGGGAGUUAACCCACUUGACCACAUCCCAAAAAAAAAAAAAAAAAAAGUUCUAAAGGAGGUGGGCCAAUGCCCAUGAGAAGAUAGAUAAACUGAUAUCUAGCAACUCAGCUAUCUGGGUUGCAAUACAAUGAUAUAUGAGCAGGUUAAUGCAUCUAGGGAACUAAAGAAAAUUCUGACUGUUCAAUAACAAACCAUAUAAUCACCGGGGCCUGUUAUUACUCCUAACGUCCCCUUGCUAGAGAGCAGAGUAUUUGCUACUGAAUAGAGGGUUUGAUUAUUUCAAAAAUAAAUAAAGCAUAUGACGAGUCUAUUCCUCAACCUUCCAUAGGAAGAAGAAAGGAACAAAGAGAAAGAAAAACACCAGCCAACUCAUUCUUUCUUCCACACAAUCACCUUAGGUAAGAUACAAAAUUAAAUUGCCCGAUAAAGGGCAAUGGAUGAGUUACACAACUUGAUGGGUAGCCCAAGGAAAAUGCGUCCAUAGACUUGUGGGCAACAUCUCUUUAUUAAAUGAGGUGAACGUGGAUUGGCGCAACCAAAUACCAGCAUUCAAAAUUCUAUGAAUAGCAAAAUUUUUUUUAAAUGCCAGAGACGAACUUACACCUCUAAUGUCAUGCACUCUAGCCUGCAGAGACUCAGUGACAGAACUAUCAAGAGACGAAUAAGCCUGCUUGAUCGCCUCAUGUAUCCAGAAAGUGUUCUUUGAAACAAACAGCCUACCACACUCAGGUUUGAGAUGUCGAGUCCUUUUAAGAUAGCAACGUAGGGCUCUGACAGGACACAACUAGAGCUCUUGUGGGUCUUUGUCCACAAAGUCAUUCAAAGAUGGAAUGAAAAAAAAAAAAAAAAAAAAAAAAAAAAAAAAAAAAAAAAGGAGGCAAAUCUGUCAUGUACCGAGGAUUCUGUUUUGUUUGUAUGGUGUUUUUACAUUGCAUGGAACCAGUGGUUAUUCAGCAACGGGACCAAUGGCUUUACAUGACUUUCGAACCACGUCGAGAGUGAACUUCUAUCGCCAGAAAUAAACAUCUCUUACCCCUCAAUGGUUUGCCUGAGAAUCAAACUCGCGACCACCGAGGUGGCACGCCAACACCAUACCAACCAUCCCACUGAGGCGCUCCGAAGGGAUUCUGGGUCUUAGCCACAAAUUCUGGGACAAAUUCGAAGCUCACAGACCCCCAACCCCUGGUAUGUUUCAUAUCAUAACUUAGGCCAUGAAGCUCCCCCCCCCUCUCUUUGAAGAAGCCAAUGCCAAAAGGAAAACUGUCUUGAGGAUCAAGUUUCUGUCCGAUGAGUGACACAAAGGCUAGAAAGCAGCUCUAGUGAAACUUCUAAGGACAAGUGAAACAUCCCAUGUCAGAGCUUAAGUUCCCUUGGAGAACAGCUCUGUUCAAAACCAUUGAAUAACAAGAUCUCCCAGGAUGAAGAGAUAUCUACACCUCUUGGACGCAAUACCAAGCUCAACGCCGCUCUGUAGCCCCUGAUAGCAGAAACUGAGAGGCCUUUUUCAUCCCUGAGGAAGACCAAAAAAUCUGCUAUACGUUGAACAGAGGUUUGAGUGGAGAGAAACCCCGUCAGUGACACUAGUUAGUAGUAGAUUGCCCAUUUUCCCUAGUAAACUGUUGAUGAGGACUUCCUGAGAUGACUGGACAUACAUCUUGCUGUUUCCUGAGAAAAACCUCUUGCUCAGAGGAGAUACUUGAUAAUCUCCAUCCAUGAAGAGACAGGGAUUCUACUGACUGGUGAAACCUUUCAACGUAAGGCUGGCGGAGAAGUUGCCACCACGGGGGAAUCUCUUGGAGCCUCUGACAGAAAAGACAGCAGGUCCGGAAACCAUUCUGCCUGCAGCCACAGAGGAGCUACCAGUGUCAUCCUUAGAUUUUGAGAACUCAUCACCCUGUUCAGCACUUGAUGGAUCAGGCAAAACAGCAGGAAGGCAUACACUUUUAGGUUGUCCCAAGGGUGUUGGAAAGCAUCCUCCGCCAGAGCUAGAGGAUCUGAAACCACCAAACAGUAAACUUCUAGCUUUCUGUUGAAGCGAGUUGCAAAGAGGUCCAACAUAGGCCUCCCCCAUACCUGAAAAUGCCUGUCUGCCACAACUUGAUACAAAGACCACUCUGUGCCCAGGAUCUGGUCCCGAUGACCCAGCUUGUCAGUGACCACACUCUUAUUGCCUGGCAUGUAUCUGGCAGAGAGCUCCACCAUUGUUUAUUGCCCACUGGUGUAACUCGGCAAUCAAUGAUUGGAGCUGGUGAGACACCAGACCCCCUGUUUGUUCACAUAAGUGACCACCAUGUUGUCAGACAUCAGUACUACAGUGUGACCCUCUACCUUCUCCCGAAAAUCCUUCAGACCCAGAAAAGCUGCCUUCAACUCCAAAACAUUGAUGUGUAACAGCUUGUCUUCCAUACUCCAAACACCUGAUGUAAUGAGGUCCCCUAGAUGUGCACCCCAACAGAGGAACGUUCUGAAGAGAGGAAUCUCCUGGCGGGGACCAAAAGUCUUUAGAUCUCCAUUGCAGAGACCGAAGAUGUAAAUAACCAUGAGAGACCAACUUCUCGAGAGAAGACAAAAUCCUCAGAAUAACCUGCCACUGGUGAGUUGGCUGUCCUGGCUGUAUAGGAACUUUAUAGGAACUUGUGUGCCACUACCCACAACUUCUCCAACCUCUGGUCCGAUGGAGAAACUGUCAACGCUGCUGUAUCCUAAACCAUACCAAGAUAAAGAACAUUCUGGCUGGGAUCGCGAUUCAACUUCUCUAGGUUUACUACAAUGCCUAGCACCCAACAGCAGCUUUUUCCUGGAACUUGCUAAGACAAGCCAGUCAUCAAGGUAUCUCAACAGGCAAAUCCCUUGAGCAUGAGCCCAUGUCAAGACUAGGGAGAGGACCCUUGUGAACACCUGAGAGGACAUGGUCAACAUGAAGCACAGGACCUUGAAUUGGAACAUCUCUCCGAGAGGGAAGCAGAGAAACUUUCUGGAUGAAGGAUGGACAGGCAUCUGAAAGUAAGCAUCCUUUAAAUCUAUUGACAGCAAAAAGUCAUCCCUCACUGCUGCCAACGAUGUCUACAGCAUCUCCAUCUUGAACCUUGUCUUCCAGACAAAAUUAUUCAAGGUGGAAAGGUUGAUUACUGACCUCCCGUCACUUUUGGUACCAGGAAAAUGCGACUGUAAAACCCUGGAGAAGGACACAUUCCUUCCUCUAUCACACCUUUGUCCAGCAUUUUCAACACUUCGGAGAGUGGUAAGAAUAAGUCUGACUGAGAAAUGGCCUGUCCGAGAGACGGGGAGAGAAGUCGAAUGGCAGUAGAUAUCCCACCCAUAGAACAUCUACUACCCACUUCUUCACUCCAUAAUCUCACCACUUGGCCCAAUGGCCUGCCAGGCAUCCCUCUACACGUGGCAGGAGGGAGAGGCGCCCACUCUAUUGGCGACCCCUUCUGCCCCUUCCUCUAGAGCCCCUCCCAGGCUUGUAGGGACGGGAUUGAAAGGGACGCUGCUUGCUAGACUUAGCCUGAGAGGAGGACUGAGGGACCCUAGCCAAAGCAAACCCUUAGAUGGCUUAACAGGUGAUCUUCAUACCUGUCUCUGAGGAGGAGGAGGAGGCGGGCGAUGUAAAUGUGCCUCUGACUUGGAAACUGCCUGAUGGACCAACCUGUCCUUGGUAUCCGCCCGUCACCGGUCAGUCGCUUUUUUAAACUCAGUUCUCGGAAACAGGAACUCCGAAUCCAGAAGAUCCUCAUUCCUGAGCUUGCCACCUUUGACAAAGCUACGUCUCUCCUGGCUAGUAGAAAGUUGGCCCAUAAGUUUGAACUAAGAUGGCCCAGAUAAGAAAAUCCUUAACCACUGGACUACAAUAGUCUAGUGAGAGAAGACGAACUCACUAACCCUUUUACAGACCUAUCUGAAGCAAUCUUGGCCAUUAAGUCAAGCCAUGAGACUGUCUGGAAGAUGGAAGCCACCAUACUCUCCAUAGCUAAGGCUUCCUGUGAUGACAAGGAAGGACCCUCUGACACCAAAGCGUUCACAUGUUGUAAGAUGGGCUGAGCGUGGCCCGAUGGGGAGUUCAAAAGAAGUCUUAGGAUCCUGACUGGCACCCAGCAAGGCUUCUAAGCAUGUAAGAUGUAGGUGUGAUUGAAGACUGAGCUUGCAUUCCACAUUCAUGAUUGUUGAACCCACAUAUGAGAUCAACAACCUCCGCAAAGGCAGACAAUAACUCUUGUCUCCCUCCUCUUGCUCCGGCAACAGUGACCGACAACAUGAAGAAGAAGGUUUGGCAGUAACGUCCUCCUUUUGUAGCAGCACUGAUGAAGUUUCACUAGAGAAUCUAGCUUUCUGGACAUUAACAGUAGGGGAGACGCCUGUAACAUUAGCAGAUCCAUCUAUCAAAGGCUCUUGAGCGUUAACCGGCAAUGAUACUAGAGAAUGGUCUCGGCUCAAACUGUGUACAGACUCGUGUGAAAAACCAUGUACACCGUCUGUGAAAAGAUCAAGUACAUGUCAAGCGAAACAAGUACGUGUUCAUGGGAAGAACAGCGUACAUGGCCGCGUGAUGAGAUGAGUACACGUCCAUGAGACAUCAACUAAGCACGGUACUGAGACCAAGAACGUAACCAAAGAGAGCUUCUUGAAGGUGACCGAUUCUCAUGAUCAAGACUUCUUUCAGGUGAACGAGGAACCCGUCCGUGGGCCAAGGAAUCCUUACACUCUCGGCCGUCCACCACAGUUUUGUCGAGUGACGAAUCUUUACACACAGCUUGGAUCACUUCCGUUUCUGCAACUUUUGCUCUUUUAAUCGGCACCAGAACUGAGGCAGAUGAAGAAGGAGCACCUCCAAAAUCAUUAGCACACACGUGCAAGCCUGAAACACGUCCGUGUACAGCAGAUGAUGGAUGACUUAACUCUCAUACUGUCACAUGCAGAGACACACAGCCUUGAAGAGAAGAUAUAGACGCAUUACCAGCAUACAUAGGGGAGAUCUGACCAUGUAACGAAGACGAGAAUGACUCCUCUCCGCAGAUUCCACUGUCAAUCCCACGAAUGCUAACAUGCGAUGGGGAAGUACGACCGUGUGGGGCAGCUGGCGAAGCGCUCCUCUCACCUGCAUAACCACGGACGUGCGUAGGGGGGACACGGCCAUGAGAGGCAGAAGGUGAUGCACUCUCUGCUCGCAGAAGACAGAAUCACAAAGUCCUUCAUCCUCCAAUGUCUGUCACAGUUUGAGAAGGUGCUGGGAGUGAUGUCAUGACCUCCCUAUGACCAGAGCUACUCAAUGGUCUCACAGGCGGAGGAAUAAGGUGAUACCCAGGGACCAUAAGCGAUGUUCCACAAGAUGAUUGCCCGCAAGAGCCAAUGUAGAGAUGUCCAGGGGGAGGCGGAAGAGCAGUGGGGGCUUGGGGGGGAGCGAGCCUCCAAGAAAUGCAGCAACAAACCCUCCAAGAAGGGUGAACCCUAUAGCCCAAGCAACACCCAGCCUGCCGCCAUUUUGGAUGACUCCGAAUCUGAAAUAAAGGAAUUAGAUGAGGCAGCCUCCUCCCUCCCGGGAAGAAAAUUGGAACUCGAGGUAGAGGGGCAUCCAUUACACAUAUCACCCUGAGGCACUCCCGAUACUUCCAUCAACGAAUCAGUGGAAGAAAAGGAAGGAGACACAGGAACACCUGAAUUAGCAUCAGGAAGAGUGAUUUAGGGAGAAGGAGCAGCCGAAUGGUCCAGACAAGGUGAAGAAAACCCCUCCCAAGAGGAAAGAGUCAAAACUCUGCGAUGUUCCCUCUUCCUAAAAAACAACCACCACUGUGACUUAGGCCAGGCACGACAUUCCAGGCAGGGAUUCGUCACCGUGCAAAAGUUAGCUCUGCGGAUCUGUAGCUGACAACGCCAAAAACCUAGAGCAUGAGAACCCCUGAAUGCCCGGUACAUGCGUUGACAAGGCCGUGAAGACUUGGGGGAAGCCAUACCAACCAACAAACACACACACACCAAACACACUGAAAACAGAACAUGGGCAGAAAAAACUGGCUUGGAAAAAGAGCAGAGCAUAAGUAUCAACUCCCCAAGGCAGUUAGGAAAAGACUGGUGCGUCACAAGGUUGAAUGCGUGAUCUAAGACCAGUUUUCAUCUCGUAAGCACAGGCAUUGCCAGAUCUCACAGAUUCCUUGCUUUACAAUCUCUGAUUGCUUUAACCAAUUACUAGCUGGCGCUUGGAAAAUAUCCUAUUGUUAAGACCGCAGCUUUGUUCCGAAUAUGAACAAAGACAGUAGUAGUUAAAGCACCUUUGUGACUAAUCCUUGUGUUGGAUUAAGCUUUGAUCGUCCUUUGGUGGCCAGUUUGAUCGGGUAUGUGUAUCUGUGCAGACAGACCACUUUUUUUAUUACUAAAAAGUAUUCAAGUGGUCGGCUUAAAAUGUUAUCCGCACUUAUGCAUUGAAAAACAUUACUAAAAAAAAAAAAAAAAAAAAAAAAAAAAAAAAAAAAAAUUUAAGCGCAUGGUAACUGGGCAUGUACAACUGGUACAGUAUAUGUACUUCUGACAAUGAUCUGCACAUGUAUCUCAUUGUCUUGUUUUUAACCAUCUCAAAGCUUGGAUAGCUUUAAGAGGAUUAUUCAAUUUCUCAUACAUCAGAUUACAUAAUGGUAAUGCCAAAUUAAUGUUACAGAUUUUGGUUAUUUCAGGUUAUAAAUAUAAGUCACCAUUGAUCACUGUUUAUUUAGCAAAAUUUAAGAUAUUAAGGCUUCAACAUGGAACCAAUAUCAUUUAGUAUACAUAUAUCUGACUUCAAUAUAAAUUUUAUCCUUUAUAACAAUAUAUAUCUACUAUGACUAUUUAAUGAGACGUUACAUUCAAGACUAUUAUUUUUAGUAAAGUUUCUAAAUUAAAUAUCACUUGUCAAAUUUCAUUAUAUAUAUAUAUAUAAUAUAUAUGGUAUAU